AUGGCUAUCUCUACGGUAGCCUUGAAAUUAGAGUCAGCGGCCUUGAUGUCACCGCACCGAAUCCCAUUUAGCUGGCCUAUACCGACCAUGGUAUUGUUAGUGUCUGAAAAACUUGGUAUUACCGUUCUAAAUAGGGAUAUUUUAACAGUACUGACAAGUAAGGAAUUUUUUUUAUCUUUUUAUUCAGAUCAAUACACUGACAUGUCUGAGCCAGCCUGGAAACGUUUGGGUCUGAAGAUUAAAGAAACCGUGGAAAAUGAUCCUCUGGGAAUCACAAAGGUGAACAUUCUCAAGAAACGAAAAGCCGAGGCUGGGCCGGACACAGAGAAGAAGCCUCCCAAGAGGAAGAAGCUACCCAAAAACGAGCGCCCACCGCCGCCAGAAAAGGACCAGCUGAAGUAUCUUCGACAAUACCACGAAGAACGUGCGAACUGGAAAUUCUCCAAGGCGAAACAGACCUGGAUUCUCAAAAACCUCAAGAGCAUUCCUCACGAGUAUGACGAAGCUCUGAAAGCGUACAUUGCCAGCAUUCAAGGCGGAUCAAGAGACCGUGUGAGAGACCAGAUGAUGGCUGUGGUUGAUAAAUGGAACAGUGCUGCUCGGAAGGCUCUUGAAGACAUGCAGAAGGCUUCAGAGGGGGCCGAGGAGAGCGAGAAAAAGGAGGAAGAGAAGGACGAGAAGGACGAGGAGGACGGGAACGAGGAAGCGAAAGGCGACACCAAGGAGAAAGAGGAAAAGAAGGAUGCUGCGGAGGACAUUCCAGAGUUUGACUUUGUGAUGCGUGCCAAGGCGCUGGUCGAGGUUAUCACCAACGAGCAGGUUUUGGUUGAGGGAAUGGCCGAGGAGAGUGUCGAAGAUGGCGACAAGCAGCAGUCUGGCGGACAGAAGGAGGCAGAGCGGGUGCAUCCGAUGAUAGUGGAGGAGGUGGAUGUUCAGGAAUACGUUGGGGACGAGGACGAGCAGCUGGAGGUGAGUGCGAAAAGCGAGAACCACAGAGCUGUCGAAGAGGCCAACGGAAAACACAAAGACAAGGCCAGAAAGGCCAAGAAGACGAAGAAAGAUAAGAAGGCCAAGAAGGACAAGAAAGACAAGAUCAAGGAGGAAGCACAGUAA